AAUCCAAUAUGUCAGCGCCCAUGUUUCACGUUUUAUGACUCAACCUGAGGAUUUUUCAAACUGAAUGAGUUGUGCGUUAGAAGAAUGUCUGAAGACCAGAGGAGGUACAGUCAGGUAUCGCCUGCGAAUAAGAAGAGGAAAAUUGAGCAGGUAUCUGAUUAUGAGGGCCUGAAAGCCCAACGCAGGCAGUUGCCAAUCUAUCCUGCAAGAAGUCGCCUCAUCCAUGAAGUACAGAAACACAGUAGUGUGAUAGUCAUUGGAGAGACGGGUAGUGGUAAGACAACACAAAUACCGCAGUAUUUAUUAGAAGCCAAUGUUCAUCGAAAUAAAAUUAUAGCAUGCACCCAGCCAAGGCGAGUUGCUGCUAUAACUGUGGCCCAACGUGUUGCAGAAGAGAGAGGCUCAGAGUUAGGAAAACAAGUUGGCUACACUGUCAGAUUCGAUGACAUGUCAACUCACGAGACAAGAAUCCGCUACAUGACUGAUGGUAUGCUGCUAAGAGAAGCCAUAUUGGAUCCACUCUUGAAGCGGUAUUCAGUCGUGAUCUUAGAUGAAGCUCAUGAGCGCACGAUUCACACUGAUGUCCUGUUUGGUGUGAUAAAGGCAGCGCAGAAGCACAGGAAGACAAACGGCAUGCUGCCAUUGAAGAUUGUGGUGAUGUCUGCCACGAUGGACGUAGAUCAUUUCUCACACUAUUUCAACAGUGCUCCAGUUCUCUACAUUGAGGGAAGACAGUUUCCAGUUGAGGUGAUGUAUUCCAAGGAGCAUCAAAGUGAUUACCUAUUCUCAGCAUUAGUCACGGUGUUCCAGAUUCACAAGGAGGCUCCUGCAGGACAUGAUAUCCUUGUGUUCCUCACUGGCCAAGAAGAGAUCGAGUCUAUGGUGCGGUGUGUGCAUGAUGUGGCGAAGGAUCUCAACUCUGAUGCUGCCCAUAUCAUGGCGUGUCCACUGUACGCUGCUCUACCGGCACAGCAGCAACUGAGAGUCUUCCAGGAGACACCACCGGGAACCAGAAAAGUGAUUAUAUCAACUAAUAUAGCAGAAACGUCCAUUACGAUCCAUGGAAUCAAGUUUGUGGUUGAUGCUGGGAUGGUCAAGGCAAAGUCAUAUAACCCUAGUACUGGCCUUGAUCUUCUCAAGGUACAACACGUAUCUAAAGCUCAGGCGUGGCAGAGGACUGGUAGAGCUGGUCGGGAAUCGGCUGGUGCUUGCUACAGACUUUAUACUGAACCAGAAUAUGAGGCUUUCAGGACCAAUACUAUACCAGAAAUACAGAGGUGUAACCUAGCCAGUGUGUUACUCCAAUUGUUGGCCAUGGGUAUUCACGAUUUGGUGAACUUUGAUUUCAUGGACCGGCCAUCAACAGAGGCUAUCAACAAUGCCAUAGAGCAGUUAGUGCUACUGGAGGCCGUCGAGAAAGAAGAUAUCCUCAAACUCACAGAUCUUGGGAAGAAGAUGUCUGCGUUCCCACUUGAUCCACGGUAUUCAAAAGUCAUCUUAAAGUCAAAGGAUUUCAAUUGCUUAGAAGAGAUCUUGACCAUUGUGUCCCUGCUGUCUGUGGAAUCUGUCAUGCUUACCCCUCAAAAUAAACGGGAUGAAGCUUUAGCUGCGCGACGGAAGUUUGUAUCAAACGAAGGUGACCAUGUGACUUUAUUAAAUAUUUAUAAAGCUUACAAGGGAGUAAAGGGCAAUAAGCAAUGGUGUCAAGAAAACUAUGUGAACGUCAGAAAUCUGAAGAUGGGUGGCGAGGUGCGAAAACAGCUACGUGAUAUCUGCCAGAAUCUACAGCUGCCAUUCCAGUCAUGUGGUAGGGAUACCACGAAUAUCAGGAAAUGUAUGGCCUAUGGUUUCUUCAUGAAUUCGGCUGAACUUCUCAAAGAUGGAGUGUAUAAAACACUUGGCAGCAAGAAAACUGUGGCUAUCCAUCCGUCGUCUGCACUCUUCAUGUCCAAGCCUGCGUGUGUCGUCUAUAAUGAGCUAGUCAAGACGACCAAGUCUUACAUGAGGGAUCUGUGUCUUGUUGAUCCUGACUGGUUGAAUGAAGCGGCUCCAAACUUCUUCAAGAGGAAAGUCACACUGCAUUGACCCUUCUGGGGAAAUCAGUUGAGACAUUUGCACUGCAUAUCAUAUACGGAAGAGGGGAACUUCCUCUUCCUACCAGUGAUGUUUAAACUUGGUUUGUUAGACUCUCUGUACAUGAUUGUAAAUUUGACUGUAAUAAAUAUUUAAUAAGAAAACGA